CUCUCAAUCUCCGGCAUCUCAACCCAAGCUCAAACCGUGCGGGAAACUCCUUGAUUCCCCUAACGUCUACCUCGAGAACAACUACAUCAUGUCCGACAACGUUGGUCUCUCGACGCCGCGCGGCAGUGGCACUUCCGGCUAUGUUCAGCGCAAUCUUGCGCACAUGAAGCCGCGUGACUACGCCGCUCCUUACCCCAAGGAUCUCGACUCUCUGCGCCACAGACAGCGCCAGCCGGACAAGGAAAUCCUCGAGCAUGACCGCAAACGAGAGGUUGAGGUUAGGGUUCUUGAUCUCCGCGAUGAGCUCGAGGAUGAAGGUCUCGACGACGACGAAAUCGAAAAACGCUGCGAUGAGCUCCGAAAGAAGCUCGUAGCUGAGAUGGAAAGCAAAAAGAACAGGCGCGGGGGCUCACCGCCCCCGAGGAAAGGUUUCAAGAGCCACCAGGUGCACGAGAUGGCAGAUGCUAAGAUCAAGGAGAGCGAGAGGCUGCGCAAUGCGCUCAAGAUCAGCAAGGACUAUGAAGAGGGUGAUCACUGGAAGAGACAAGAAGAGAGGCUGCGGAGUGCCGUGGAUCAGGAAGACAAGAAAGCAUAAGAGAUAGAGGAUGGGCAAGACAUUGACAGGAUACACGAAAAAAAAAACGAAAAAAAAGGCGUUCGGCGCAUGGGAUAUAAAGUCAGACAUUACUGGAGCUUCUUUUGGCCCCCUGGACUCGGCGUACGGGAUGCUAUCAGUUCAGGAGGAACCGGGUUCUGUUGUACUGUACAAGGUAUUUUUACAAUUGGGACUAGAUUACUUUGUCGGGUCUAGUUUUUUCCAUAGUUAUUUCCUCUUGCUUGCUGGAGGUGUCCAGGCCUGGGGCUGCCAUCCUUCGCCGGGUCCUUUUGCCUUGUCCCACGGAUCAUAUCCAUACUUCUUCUUGCGUAAUUCGGGGUCCGAAUUGAGUUGUU